AUGCCAAAGCACUUCAACAUCACUUCAACUUGGGGUACACACAUUCGUACCCCUAGUGUACCCCUCCUUUGUUCCAGUCAAAUGCCAGUCAAUGCGUUGGAGCUGCGCGGCUUCAGUGCCGAGCGCAGCCGUUUCCUGCUAACCGUGGCCCGCGCUACUCCCUGCAACAAUGACGGUGACCGGCGCACUGCAUCUGCACCGGCAGUCCGCAUACUGGAACGCGACUUGGUGGAUCUGCAGAGCUGGGACCGCCAGCAUCGCAGCGGCGCUUCGAGUCUCCAGCGACUUCCGACCAAACGUCUGCGCAAGCUGAUGGCCGGUAGUUGGGUGCGCGGCGAUAGCGCAUCUGGAUGGCGGUUGGAGCUACAGAAGAACGUGAGCGUGUGCGAGGACUGGCUCAACGCAGCGUUCGCGCAGCUGCCGGCGCCACAGCAACAGGAAUUCCUGGAUGACGACCUGUAUGCCGCGGCUAAGCACAAACGGUCGUCUGCGCGCGCGGAAAGCAAACACGCGCGAGACCUGCAGCAAUACUUUAGCAGCACCGAGCUCGUCGAUUUGGUAGUGAAGACGGUGACGAAGCAUUUGCAGGAGGAACAGCAGCAGCGAGAUGUCGUGUGGCUAGAGCCAUCCUGUGGUGACGGCAGGUUUCUGACGGCGUUGUUACGAGCUGGAGCGCGGCACGUCGUCGGCUAUGAAAUCGAUGAGAAGCUGCACCGGAUUGCGGAGAAGAAUGUUCAACAAGCUGCUACUGACAUCUAUAGCACUGGUGAAGACGGCGCUAUUCAGGCUCAGGUCUAUGUGGGCGAUUUCCUGGUAUCCAAAAGCUCCGUACCUGCUGACAAGUUCGUGGUUGCGGUCGGCAACCCGCCGUUCGGCGCGAAAGGUAGCGACGGGAGCGACCUCGUGCACCACUUCUUCCGACACGCCGCAAGAUCGUGGCGAGCUCGCACCGUCGCGUUCAUCGUACCAGAGAGAUGCUCUCGUCCAGGAUUCAUCGAGACCACGUUGCAGCAGCUCCAGGGUGACGGCGGCGCUACGACAUCCUGGACGCUGGCAACGGAACUGUCACUCGCGGAUUUCCAGUUCGAGUUCGGGACGGGGGACAAACUCAAACGUGUACGCCAGCCCAGCGUGCUGCAACUAUUUGUCUACCGCGAUCAAUAG